GAGCGUGCGCGGGGCCUGACCUGGCUGCGCCCCCAACUCCGCGGACGAGGGCCGCUGGGCUCGGCCCGCUGAGGGCGCGGCCGCUCCGGAGAGGCGGGAAGGAACGGUCCCGAGAUGGCCCGGCGAGCAGGCGCUUUGGCAGUGGGUGCCCUACGCGUGGUACAGGCACCGGCACAUCCCCGGGUCUGGUAACUGGUCGACGCCAGAUGGACCUUGACCCGCGCCGGGGCACCGCGUUCCUGCCAAGCCGAGACUAGAGGGGCACGGUUGGAGAGCGCUGGGGGGAGGUGCCCAGAGUGUCAGGCCACGCUCGCCAGCGGGGCCAUGAAGAUGAUCCUGGUGCGCAGGUUCCGUGUGCUCAUUCUGAUGGCAUUCCUGGUGGCUUGCGCGCUGCACAUCGUGCUGGACCUGCUGCCCAAGCUAGAGCGGCGCUCCGCGCGGCCCUCGGGGGAACCCGGCUGUUCGUGCGCGCAGCCUGCGGCCGAAGCGGCGGCUCCCGGCUGGGCCAAGGCGCGCGGCCGCCCCGCGGAGCCCCCGGCCGCAGCCUCUGCCGCUGCCGACGCGGGAUGGCCCAACAAGCACACGCUGCGCAUCCUGCAGGACUUCAGCUCUGACCCUUCCUCCAACCUCACGUCCCACUCGCUUGAGAAACUGCCACCCGCAGCGGAACAGGCGGAGGGCGCCGUGCCGGGGCAGGAUCCCGGCGCCCCGCGACCCCGCCACCCAGCUCACCGGCCCUUGCUCCGAGAUCCCGGCCCGCGUCCCCCGGCGCCACCUCCCGGGCCGAGUGGGGACGGCUCCCUCUUGGCCAGGCUGUUCCAACACCCAUUGUACCAGGUCCCCAUUCCGCCCCUAACGGAGGACGAUGUCCUCUUUAACGUGAACAGCGACAUCAGGUUCAACCCCAAGGCGGCAGCAGCGGAGAACCCGGACUGGCCACACGAAGGUCCUGAGGAUGACUUCCUGCCCACGGGGGAGGCGGCUGCGGACUCCUACCCCAACUGGCUCAAAUUCCACCUCGGUAUCAACCGGUACGAGCUGUACUCGAGACACAACCCAGCGGUGGAGGCCCUGCUGCGGGACCUCGGCGCCCAGAAGAUCACCAGUGUCGCCAUGAAGUCGGGGGGCACCCAGCUCAAGCUCAUCAUGACGUUCCAGAACUACGGGCAAGCCCUCUUCAAGCCCAUGAAGCAAACGAGGGAGCAGGAGACCCCGCCUGACUUCUUCUAUUUCUCCGACUACGAGCGGCACAAUGCGGAGAUCGCUGCCUUCCACCUGGACAGGAUCCUGGACUUCCGCCGGGUCCCUCCUGUGGCCGGCAGGAUGGUCAACAUGACCAAAGAAAUCCGGGACGUCACUCGGGACAAGAAGCUGUGGAGAACCUUCUUCAUUUCCCCAGCCAACAACAUCUGCUUCUACGGGGAGUGCUCCUACUACUGCUCCACGGAGCACGCCCUGUGCGGGAAGCCGGACCAGAUCGAGGGCUCGCUGGCGGCCUUCCUGCCAGACUUGUCUCUGGCCAAGAGGAAGACCUGGCGGAACCCCUGGCGACGCUCAUACCACAAGCGCAAGAAGGCAGAGUGGGAGGUGGACCCCGACUACUGCGAGGAGGUGAAGCAGACGCCCCCCUACGACAGCAGCCACCGCAUCCUGGCCGUCAUGGACAUGACCAUCUUUGACUUCCUCAUGGGGAACAUGGACCGCCAUCACUACGAGACGUUCGAGAAGUUUGGGAACGAAACGUUCAUCAUCCACUUGGACAACGGAAGAGGGUUUGGAAAAUAUUCCCACGACGAGCUUUCCAUCCUGGUGCCUCUACAGCAGUGCUGCAGGAUCAGGAAGUCCACGUACCUGCGGCUGCAGCUCCUGGCCAAGGAGGAGUACAAGCUGAGCCUGCUGAUGGCCGAGUCCCUGCUCACGGACCGCGUGGCCCCCGUGCUGUACCAGCCACACCUGGAGGCACUGGACCGGCGGCUGCGUGUGGUGCUACAGGCGGUCAGAGACUGCGUGGAGAAGGACGGGCUGCCCAGCGUCGUGGAGGAUGACAUGGGCCCCGAGCACAGAGCCUCCACCGGGAGGUAGUGACCGCGAGCCGCGGCCAGGCCAGCCACUGAGGGACACGGGCGCACGCAGGAGCAGACGGGCCGCCCGGGCCUCGCUUUCUUCGCUUUCCAGACCACGCGGGCUGCGGGAGCGGCCUGCGCCCACGGACAGAGGCGGCCUGGCUGCAGGCCACCCACCCUUUUGUAUGGAAAGGAAGCCUUUCUUUACUAUUUUGUAUUUAUACCUGGUGUAAAUGUAUAAACGUAGAGACGGCUCUAUGGCCCCGGACCACCUGGCAGACCCCAUGCGGGCGCACCCUGCCCGCGGCCAUGUGCUCCUGCGAAGGGCUCGCACUCUGACCGAACUUAUGGCAAAACUCCCCCAUCCCCGGGCCGAGAGUCACCUGGGGCUGCGGGAGACUCCCGAGGACGUGUCGCAGACUCUUGGCGACGGAGGAAUACCGCAUAGGUCUCGGGUGAUCGAAGGACCAGUCAUUCCCUGGCCGCCCAGCCUCCUCGCGGCCCCUUCUGACUCGCUUCAGAAGCCCGUGCGCGUGCGAGGCUCUGUCUCGUGGCCGGGCAGCUGGUUACCUUCGCAGCGUUUCCGUGGAGUAGUUUGCAAUGUGUACAAGUGCAAUAAAGAUUCAGCAAGUGUG